AUGGAGAGAUCAUCACCAAGAUUGGCUAAUGAUCAAGAUAUGGUACAGAUUUGGAGAAGCCCACUUAUUAAUACCAUUAAGGUGAAUUGGGAUGCAUCAACGCAUUCUCAAUUGAAUAGGACUGAAUUUGGUGCUAUUUACAGAGAUACAGUUGGAGAUGUGUUAGCUGGUGGUUCAUUAGUGAGAGAAUCAUUAUUGGCUCCUGCUUUGGCUGAGGCGAUGAUAGCAUUAUUCGCAGUAAACUUAGCUUUGGAUUUGGGCUUUAAGAAUGUAGUUUUUGAAGGAGAUGCUGCAAGUAUAGUGACAGCCAUUAAUGGUGGGGAGCUGAAUUUACAUGUAUGGAGUCUGGUGGUGAUGGAGAUUAAACGGCUAGUUCAAUAUUUCACGAGCUGGAAAUUUAUCUUUGCAAAAAGGUCAGCCAACAUGGCUGCCCAUAAGAUGGCACGCUACUCAUUUCAUACACAAGGUUUGAAGGUUUGGAUUGAAGACACACCUCUUUCGGUACCGAAUGUUGUUCAAAUGGAUAAAAUUUCUUGCAACCAAGAAUUAAGGGAGGAGAUUUGA